CACUUUUAUACAGAGUGACUUUAAUAUUAAAACGUCCUCCAUUGGUUCAUGCUUGUGUCAAUCGGAUAAUAGCCUACUAGCUACUCCAGUAGGCUGGUUGACCCUCUUGUAUAUUAUAAUGCUUGGAGCGUAGCAAAAAGUAAAAAUGUUGCGGAUCCACGGCUUUGGGACGGGCUGAGUUGAGUCAGCGUUGUUGAUUGUAGAUUAAAUAACCGACAUUUGCCCCCAAACCACCGGAGGUUUUAUUUAUUUACAUAGGCUGGGUCCCUGAGUUCUCCAUAGUAUUGCCAGCUCCUCAGCCUCCCCAUGCCUCCGUCUCCUCUCGACGACAGAAUUGUGGUGGCGCUGCCAAGGCCUAUCCGACCUCAGGAACUCCGACUCUGCCUGGAUACCACCAGCUACCUGGACGCGGUCGCCGUCGCGGCCACCGCGGCCACCACAACCACCACCGCCGCCGCCACCGCGCACAGCAAGACGACGGUCAUCAGCACCACCGUGGUGAAGAUCCAGGCGACCAACCUCACGUAUAUGCCCUCGUCCAGCGGCUCCGCGCGUUCGCUGACGUGUGGAUGCAGCAGUGCCAGCUGUUGCACGGUGAGCACGUACGAGAAGGACGGCAGCCGGCCGCAGCCCACCCAUCGCCCGAGCCAGCAGGUCAGCGCGUCCAGCCCCGACCUCAGCUCCGACGCAGGUGGCUAUGGAGGCCCCGGCGGCGCCCACCCGCCCAGCCCUACCUCCCCCAUCGCUGGGCACGGCGAGGCCCUGAGUGCCCCCAGCCUCACCUCGGGGGCAUCCAGGUCCGCCUACCGGGUGAUCCACCCCAAUGAGCUGGCCGAGAAGAUGACCCGUUGCCCCAUGGGCCACCCGGUGGGGCCCGUUCCGGUCAUCAUCGACUGCCGGCCCUUCAUGGAGUACAACAAGAACCACAUCCAGGGUGCCGUGCACAUCAACUGCUCGGACAAGAUCAGCCGCCGGCGCCUGCAGCAGGGCAAGAUCACCGUGCUGGACCUCAUUUCCUGCCGGGAGGGCAAAGACUCCUUCAAGGGAAUUUUCUCCAAAGAGAUCGUGGUGUAUGACGAGACCACGGUCGAGCCGGGUCGGGUCACCGCCUCCCAGCCCCUGCACGUCGUCCUGGAAUCCCUGCGGAGGGAAGGGAAGGACCCCAUUGUCCUAAAAGGGGGCCUCAGCGCGUUCCGUCAACACCACGAGAGCCUGUGCGAGCACUCGCUGCAUCUGCACCAGGAGGGCAUGGACACCGUUGGGGUGGGUGCCGUGGGCCUGUCGGGGGGGCUACCUCACUCGCUGCCUUCCACCCCCGACAUCGAGAACGCCGAGCUCACGCCCAUCCUACCCUUCCUCUACCUGGGCAACGAGCACGACGCCCAGAGCCUCGACCAAAUGCAGCGGUUCAACAUCGGCUACGUGCUCAACGUCACCACGCACCUCCCACUCUACCAUUACGACCUCGGCCUCCUCUGCUACAAGCGUCUACCGGCCACCGACAGCAACAAGCAGAACCUACGCCAGUACUUCGAGGAGGCCUUCGAGUUCAUUGAGGAAGCUCACCAGGCUGGGCAGGGCGUCCUCAUCCACUGCCAGGCAGGUGUGUCGCGCUCUGCCACCAUCGUCAUUGCCUACCUGAUGAAGCACUCCUGGAUGACCAUGACGGACGCCUACAAGUUCGUCAAGGCCCGACGGCCCAUCAUUUCGCCCAACCUCAACUUCAUGGGCCAGCUGCUGGAGUUCGAGGAGGACCUGAACAACGGCGUGACACCGCGCAUCCUCACUCCCAAGCUGGUCGGCGUGGAGACCAUGGUGUAAGCGACGACGCCCCGGAAGUUGUUCCGGAUUUGGAUUUUUUUGUUUUCUCUCUCUCUUCUUGCUCUUGUUGCAGGCGUUUUCGCCGCACCUUGUCUUUUUACUCUCCUCCUUUUGAAGAGAGAAGCCUCAAAGCCUCACUCUCUUUUUGGAGCUCUGGUUUUUCAUGGAGUGCCAAAAGCUUUGGGUGCCAUCUCUCCGCCCUCUCGAGAUGAAGAUAGAGAGAGAGAGAAACACGACAGACAGAGAGAGAGAGAGAGGGAAGAAGAGAGAGAGGGAGCUUCAAAGGGCUCCACUUCACAUUUGUUUUUAAUUUUUUGUUUUGUUUUUUUUUUAAUCUGGGCACGAGAGUGUUAAGAUUGAGGACAGCAGAAGAGUUGAGUCCACACCCAAACAGCCCGCUGUUUAGACCUGGCCGCUGCCCAGGAACAUGGGGUGGGAGAGACAGGGCCGUUGGAUCAGAGGAAGAUGUAUCUCUGUGUGACCACAGAUGGAAGCAAGCGAAGGAGUGACGAGGGCAAAAGAGAAAGAUAACAAACGAACAAACUAAUAUGUUUGAUUUUCCAAAACACACACACACACACACACACACACACACACAAAAAAGAAGACAACCAAAAAGCAAACAGAUUAUUCAGUCGGUCGGCCCCCCCCCACCACCGCUGCCACCAGUUUCGCCCUCUCUCCUUAUGCAGUGAGAGAGACUGCAGGGUGUGCGUAUCCAUUCUGUUUCUCUAAGCUGCUGGUGCGGGCUCAGGCCCAAGGGAGAAGGGGGCAGCCGCGGUUUUUGCCUGUCAGAAAAGAUGAAGACUUGUUUGGUGUGUUAGUCCUCUCAUUCUAUUUUUAUACAAAAGUUUACUGGGGUGACCAUGACGAGCUCGCUGAGGCUCUCGGUGCAAUAAUUUCAGAGUGGAAUGCUAUCAGGCGCUAAUGUGUAUAUAUGGGUGAUGAUUUAACAUUUUCCAUCUCGCCAGCGAAUGACAAAAAAUAUAUAGAGAUAUAAAUAUAUACUUUGUCUUUUUUGUUAUUAUUGUAAUAUUCUAUAUGCCUUUUGGAAACAUAAUAUAUAUGCCUGCACCAGAGAGACUGGCACAGGUGUAUACAAGGAAACAUAAUAAUUAAAAUAUUUAGUAUUUGCUUAUUUUUGUUUCACUGCUGUCCGUGUACACUUUUAUUUCGCUGACUCUAUAAAAAAACAUGAAACCUC